AUGUCGAAAACUCAAAAUCGUUCGCUCAUACCAGAAGCGAACGUCACCAAAGAAAAAAUUGUGAAAUCACGCACCACUUUUGAAACAAUAUUCAAAUGCCGCCAGGAUGCACAGCUGCAUAAGGAGGCUGAAGUUAAGUUCGGUAUUCAGAAAAAACCCUAUCUCAGAGUCCAAAGUCGUUGGUGUUUCGAUAUUGCUUCUGAUAUUGAGGAUGGAUUGAGGGGCUCACUCGCUCAGUGGUUCGACUAUCACUAUCUGGUCCGAGCUUGGAAGAAUGGUGGAACUAUGUAUGAUCCUCAAAUCCUCUACUCCGUACUCGAGUAUAUUCUCCCUCUUAAGAUUUUAGCUUCCCCUCACGCACCGAGGUCGAAUGAGAUUGCGCAAAUAGUAGCAAUUAUGCGCGCGAGCGUACGGACCGAUUAUGAAUCUAUAGACUAUGAAUUAGAAUUGGUCAAUUGCUUGCCAAGAAGUAUCUACUAG